GACGAUAUACUUGUGCAAAUAUUAUUGCUUGUCCCAACAAAAGAUGCAGUGGCUACUAUGAUAUUGUCGAAACGGUGGUUGUCUAUAUGGACGAUGAUUCCAACACUCGUUUAUAAAGACAGCAACGACAUCAACGAUGGUGAACAGAAAAGUGUUUGGCAGUUUCUUGAUAAGUCACUGAAACAACACAAGGCACCUGUAUUAGAAAGAAUUGUCGUACAACUCGGUCAACAAUGUCCUGUUGAUGAAGAUGUCGGAAAGUGGAUAGCGAAUGCGAUAGAUCGCAAAGUCCGCAUUCUAAGUUUCGAGCUCAAUUGGUCUGCAAAGCCAAUCAAGGUGCCUACGAGACUUUACACAUGCGACACUCUCGUUCGUUUGAAUCUUACCAACAAGAUUUUAGUGGAUGUUGCUUCUCCGGCUUGUCUCCCAUCCCUUACUUGGCUUUCUCUUAACUCUGUUGUUUAUGAAGACGAAGAUUCUCUUGUCGGACUUUUAUCAAGUUGUCCUAUUCUCAAGAUUUUAGUUGUGAGACGACAUAUAGAAGACAACGUGACAAAUUUCAAAGUGAAAGUAUCUUCUUUAGAGUCCCUAACGUAUGAUAAUUUAAAUGCGUAUGGUAGAGCAGAUAUUAAGGGGUCCUUGGUUAUUGAUUCACCUGCUCUAAAGAAAAUCUCCAUCUGGGAUUCUAUGAGAGAGUCUUGCUCGAUUGAAAACACACCUCUCCUUAGUAAAGCAUGUAUACUAGUUAUGUGUUACUCAGGUGACAAGUUUAUGCUCUCCUCGCUCAUAUCUUUGGAUAUAUUUAUGACCGUACCAACGGUCAAGUUUUGUACAACAACUAAUUUCUCUCAGCUUGUAGAGUGUAGGAUACAACCAUAUGAUUGUGACUGGUUGGAACCACUUAUGGCUUUACUUCAAAAUUCUCCAAAACUAAAACUGCUACUUAUCGACCAGAGCCUCAGUAUGAUUAAGGAUUGGCCACUUUCUUGGAACCGUCCGUGUUCUGUUCCAACAUGCAUGUUGAGUCAUCUCGAAAUCUUUGAAUGGAAAGAAUAUGGAGGAGGAGGGGAAGAGAAGGAACUCGUGAGAUACAUCCUGGGAAAUUCUAAGUAUUUAAAAAUAGUUUCAAUCUCUGUAAACUCAACUUGUAAUCUUGAAGACAAAGAGAAGAUGAUUGACGAGUUAAAAUCUAUGCCGAUGAUGUCACAAUCUUCUGAUCUUAUGUUCAAAACUAGAAUUCUGCAAGAUAACUAUGAUGUACAAAUCUUUGACUUUAUAUCCAUUGUAAUAUGA